CCUGCCCAAAACCUCCACACUUCUUCCUGCUGACUCCGCCAAGGGCUUCGAUCAUCAGCCUGUCCGCGAUCCUUUCAUCCCCCCCUCCUCUACCUCUUUCCACCUCACGCACUUUUGUUGCUGCUGCUGCCCGUCUUGUCCAGAAUCUUCGCUUCGUGCCUGGGACCUACAAAUACCACCUGUGCUCCAAAGGGUCCGUUCCCUCGCCCCCAAAGAAGCCUGCCAUUGCUCCACGCGCCACACACAGAGUUAGUGUACGCCACUUGUCUGCUCUGCUCUGCUCGCUAUCCCAUACCAUACCUUACCUCACCGCCCGCCAUGGCCGCUCCACAGUCGCCAAUUCCCAUAUACAACAACCCCGGCCUGUCUCGCCGCGAAAGCUCGAGACGCAUGAGCCUGCCCAGGUCGUCGUCGUACCUCAAUGCUGCCCGCGUCGCCGCGCCCAAGGACGGAGACGCCUUCAGCUAUAACCCCGCCCAUCUGCGCCAUUGGUACUGCCCGCAAGAGCUCUGGGACCGUCUUCCCGACAACGUCCAAGGCGCCCUGGCUGCCUUGCAGCAUGCUGGUGCUGCUGUCCUGACGGGUUUUGAGCGCCUCGACAAGUACCUCGAGGGCUCCGAAGACAGCGACGGCGAGUCCAAGGCGUCGUCGGACGACUACCUGGCCCACCUCGACCAGCUCCCGUCGCCAAGGUUUCGCACCAUCAGCAAUGCCAGCAGCAUGCUCCAGUCUGACGCCUCGUCACCUCUGACGUGUGCCUCGUCGACGUCGCAGUCGGGAAGCGCCUCGCCCGUAGCGCCCUCGGUUCCCGUAUCCCAGGUCAUGUGCCCUGGCUCGCCCAUCUGCCUGGGUCCCGCGGAGCGCUCUCUCUCGCGCGAACGCUCCUUCUCGACGCCGCUCAAAUCCCAUGAUGCCUAUUAUGCCGCGGAGCUGUCGCAUCUGCGCACUGAGGCUCUUCCCCGCCUGCGUCAUAAAACCUACAAGGUGGACAGUGCCUGGUCCGAGGCCAAGCCCCACAUGCACGCCGACGACGUCAAUGCCUUUGAGAACUGGCUGGCGGAGAAAAAAUGCGCCGUCCUGAGCCUCACGGAACGGGGCAAGCGCCUGGCCACGGCUGUGGGCAUCGCCAACACGGGCCUCGGCUGGUGCGCUCCCUAGAGGCUAGCCAAAGCCUAUCUUUCUCUCAGCCUGCCUGUUUGACACAGACUCGCUGGAGCAAAAAAAAAUUCGUCACGCCAUGUACCCUGAUCAUGUCUGGUACGCGCUUCUUGGCAACCUUACGCUUUUUUUUUCCCUUUUCGUCUGCUUUCCCUAGGUUUCUUUGCUCUGCUUGGUGUGCAUUUCUAGCGAGGAGUUGGUCGGUAUUUACUCGGGUUAGGGAUCUAUAAUGGACAUGGGGAAACGAUGCAUCUUCACCUUGGACGGAACGGGACUGGCUGGCGCUCACGGCUUUCUUUUCCUAAUGUUGCCGCCGAACUACGACAGACGGGGCGCCCACAAUGGUGGCUGUAACUCGGCUCACGCCGGGACCUUGUGUGGUCAGCUCGGACACGUAUAGCGAAUGGCAAUAUUUACUUGAC